UAGCCCAGUUGAUUUGAACACACAUGCAAUACUUAUUUUGUGGGUCUUGCAAGUGCAGUUCAAGCACAGUUACUUGAUUUCAACGUUUCUGUGAGGACCUUACCCGAAGCACAAGUGAAAGGUUUCAGCUAACAGAAAGUAAAUUGUCAUAGUGACACGCGUGCGAAUUAGUCUGUCUAAUUUAUUUUCGCUUGUUUGUUGUCCACUUUUCAUUUCUUUGUUGUGACUGUGUCUGUGGGACUAUUUGAUCAGCGGCAACAUUAUGUCAAAUCUCCGGCCUAGACUUUGUGUUUUAGGAAAGGGGUCGAAUGGCUACGGCUUUCAUCUGCACGGUGAGAAAGGGAAAACUGGACAGUUUAUCCGACUCGUAGAACCAGACUCUCCCGCCGCCGCCGCCGGUCUCUUCGCCGGGGACCUACUGACGUUCGUUAACGGGGACAGCGUGGAGAGCGAGAGCCACCAGCAGGUCGUUGCCCGGAUACGAGCCACAGUGGGCAGCCUCGAGCUGAUCGUGGUAGACGCUAAAACGGCAGAGGUACUAAAUAAGCACAGUUUAAAGUGCCGUAAAGAGUAUGUCACGGAGGGGAUCCCGUUACCAGGGGAAGCAGCGAAAAGCAAUGGGACCUCGAGAGAGACGACCCCUAAACCGGCAGAGAACGGAAACCUCUCUCUACAGAGGCUGAGUGUCAACACCAAGGAAUCGAAGGCAGAGCUGCGUCCUCGUCUGUGCUCGCUGAAGAAGGGUGCGACGGGCUAUGGCUUCAACCUGCACAGUGAGAAGUCUAAACCAGGCCAGUACAUCAGGGCUGUGGACGAGGACUCUCCUGCGGACAAGGCUGGCCUCAAACCCCAGGACAAGAUAUUACAGGUUAACAGUAUGUCAGUAGUAGGGAUGCAGCACAGUGAGGUGGUAGCAGCCAUUAAGGCCGGGGGAGAUGAGACCAGUCUACUGGUGGUGGAUCGUGAGGCAGAGGCUUUCUUCAACAGCUGUGAUAUCAUUCCUACUGAGGCCCACCUCACAGGACCUCUUCCUGAACCUGUGUCGGAUGGAGGAGCAGAAGAGGUGGGGGUAAAGCCUAAGGUGUCCGUCAGUUCGUCUACAUCCAGCGCUUCCUCCACUGGCUCUCUACCAACAGCCACUGCCAGCACCCCUCCACCAGAGGCACAAUUCCAGGUGGUUCCGGCUAAGGAGUCUGAUGCAGGCCUAGCCCUCAGCAUGUCUCUAGCCCAGGCCAAGGAGAGGGCUCACCAGAAACGUUCAGCCAAGAAAGUCCCUGCCAUGGACUGGCGCAAGAGGAAUGAACUCUUCAGUAACCUAUAAACCACAUAUUUCCUUCCUCCUUUUUGUCUACCUUUUGCUCUCUCCAAACAUGCGCAUCCACACACACACACGUGAAAAUGUUAUUGGUUGUGAUUUCAUGAUUUUCAUCAUGUGUUAAUUUUGGGUUUUCCACUUUAAAAAAAAGAGCCACUCCUAAAUAAGAAACAAUGUACAGUUGACCUCUAGUAGAGUAAGAUGAUGACAAAAUAAGAGAUUAUGGGCUGCAGGGAAAAUGAUAAAGGAAUUAACAUUGCUAUAAAGUGUAUUGUCAGUCUUUUUAAUAUGCAAUCUGUUUGGUUGGUGGUCGCAAUGCUUCCUUAUAAAAUCAUGAGCUAGCCAAUAGCAAGCUGGAACUGAUGGAGCUUUGUGGAUGACUGAUUGAAGAUUAAUCUUAAGUGGUCUACACGUCUGUUUGGCAAAUAUUACUGAAUUUGUUCAGGAAUUGUAUCAUUCUAAUGCUGACUGCUGGUUUACUUUGGUGAUGUUUACUACCCUGUCUAUUUGAAGAUUUUGUCAUGUCAAUUCUGUUCUAAAUGUGACAUGGUCAUAUAUGUGGUUCUAGAUUUUUGAAUCCAAAGUGAACCAUUCUAUCUCAGUGUAAAGUUUAAACAUUCCUGGGUUAACAACCUGUCCAAAACGGAGUUCAAUCACACCUAUUGUAAAAUUCUCAUAUUUUUUCCCCCUGCCAUUGUCUCAACGUUUUAAAGAAUGACAUGGAAAUAUAAUUCUUCUUUCAUUAGAUUUGUACAUAGUGAAAUAUGUCUUAAAGAAAGAAAUCCUCAGUUUGUUUGUUUCUGAAUAGACUCUUGGUUGAAUGGAAUGUUAGCCAACUGUACAGUGUAUCAGUAAUUUCCUACUUUGUGUCAGUUAACUCUGGUUCAAGGCGCCACUAGGCGCUAUAGUAUAGACCAGGGAUCAACUCUGGUCCUGGAGAGCUACUGGGUGUGAAGGCUUUUGUACACUGUACACUGGUAGAAGGGCUGAGUUGUAUUGAUGAAGAUGACCGCUAUACAUUUGGGAUCAAACAUGUCUUUUUGGCCAUCUUCUUUAACCCUUUUUGUGUGUCUCACCCUGCAUUCUCUGUGGGAUCUCAAAGGAAAACAACUGUUUGAUUCUCCCUUUUUAAUGGUUUAAACAGUAAACUGAUGAGUAAGCAGGUGGGCGUGCAUCACAAACAACACAGACCAAUCAGCAAAUCAAUAGUUGGUGCUCUAGAACAAUGUUCUCACAUUAGAAUGAAGCCUAAAAUAAUAAACACUUUACAGUUCUCGCAAUUCCUGUUAGUAAAGCGUCCUUGUUGUUGUACUUUAUCACUAGUUAAGGUUAAUGUUAAUAAGGUUAUGUACAGUAAGAGGUUUUAGGGCUCUAUUCAAUCCGUAUUGCGGAAGUUCAGCAGUACAGUGUGAUUGAAAUGCAACGGCAAUAUUUCCGAGUUAGUGCAGACUGCAUUCACGGUAAACGCAGCAUAGAUCAGAUCAAAGUAACUUUUUACAUUUUUAUCGCUUCAGCCCUAAGAAUGAGUAAUCAUUCACCCAAGUUACAUAAAUGAGCAUUUAUAGACAGUGGCCAGGUGAAGACAACUUUAAUCAUGGAUUGUUGUCUUACCUUGUCCAUAGACUGUUUUACAGGGUAAGGAAACCAAUAUGUCAUUUGUGUGUGUGUGCACACCUACACACAGCUCUGAAAAAAUGAAGAGACCACUGCAAAAGGAUUGGUUUUUCCAGCAGGACAAUGCUCCGUGCCACACAGCCAGGUCAAUCAAGGUGUGGAUGGAGGACCACCAAAUCAAGACCCUGUCAUGGCCAGCCCAGUCUCAAGAUCUGAACCCCAUUAAAAACCUCUGGAAUGUGAUCAAGAGGAAGAUGGAUGGUCACAAGCCAUCAAACAAAGCCGAGCUGCUUGAAUUUUUUGCGCCAGGAGUGGCAUAAAGUCACCCAACAUCAAUGUGAAAGACUGGUGGAGAGCAUGCCAAGACGCAUGAAAGCUGCGAUUGAAAAUCAGGGUUAUUCCAUUUAAUCUUGAUUUCUGAACUCUUCCUAAAUUAAAACAUUAUUGUAUUGUUUAAAAAUGAAUAUGAACCUAUUUUCUUUGUGCUAUUCUUUUUUGUUAUUUUGACCAGUUGUCAUUUUCUGCAAAUAAAUGCUCUAAAUGAAAUUUUUGGGGGAAUUUGGGAAAACUUUAUAGAAUAAUACAAAAAUGUACAUUUUACCCAAACACAUACCUAUAAAUAGUAAAAUCAGAGAAACUGA